CUCUUGCUGGUGAAGAGCUCUUCUUGGCUUGCUUGGUAGGGGCUUCUCAAGGUUCAGUCCAAUGGCGUUGAGCAGGGGACCGGUGCUCUUCUUCAAGCUCCUGGCGUGCCUCCUCUGCCUCUUCGACCUGUCCCAUGGCAAGAAGCAGUUCACCUUGAAGAACCUCCCUCCUCUCCGGAAGGCCAGCAGCUACCCCACGCGGUGCCCGGCGACGUACGACUACAUUGUCAUCGGUGGGGGCACCGCAGGCUGCCCACUGGCGGCGACGCUGUCGCUCAGGUACAAGGUCCUGCUGCUGGAGAGAGGAGGCUCCCCGUACGGCAACCGCAACGUCUCCUACAUGGAGAACUUCCACAUCGGGCUGAUGAAUAUGGCGCCGGACUCGCCGGCGCAGGCCUUCAUCUCCACCGACGGCGUCAUCAAUGCCCGGGCGAGGGUGUUGGGCGGUGGCACCUGUAUCAAUGCCGGCUUCUACAGCCGGGCCAGCUCAAGCUUUAUCCAAGAGGUCGGCUGGGAUGAAGACCUGGUGAACAAGUCCUUCCCUUGGGUUGAGGAGAAGAUUGUCCAGUGGCCUAAGAUCGCGCCUUGGCAGGCUGCAUUACGGGAUGGGCUUCUACAAGCAGGUGUAGCCCCCUUCAAUGGGUAUACCUAUGAUCAUGUUUCUGGGACAAAAGUGGGUGGCACCAUUUUUGACGAGACCGGGUACCGCCACACGGCUGCCGACUUACUUGCAGCUGGAGAUCCUAACAACCUGAGGGUGCUGCUCCAUGCUAGUGUGCACAGGAUAGUAUUCGACUCACGACAAGGACACCUGAAGCCAAGGGCCAUUGGAGUCCAAUUCACUGAUGAAAAUGGGAGACACCACCAUGCAUUUCUGAACAACAACAAAGAUAGUGAAAUAAUUGUGUCUGCUGGUGCGAUCGGUACCCCGCAGUUGCUUCUGCUCAGCGGAAUUGGACCGAAGAACCACCUCAAGAGUCAUAACAUUCCUGUGGUUCUCCAUAACAAAUACGUGGGUAAAGGGAUGGCUGACAACCCCAUGAACUCCAUCUUCAUACCCACAAGAAGCCCUCCACGGCAGUCCCUCAUUGAAACUGUUGGAAUAACUGAAGAAGGUGUGUUUAUUGAGGCUAGCAGUGGUUUUGGCCAGUCAUCAGAGAGUGUCCACUGCCACCAUGGAAUCAUGUCUGCUGAGAUUGGACAGCUGUCUACAAUUCCUCCAAAGCAAAGAACCCUGGAAGCAGCCCAGAAAUAUGCUCAGAACAAACUUAACCUACCCAAAGAGGUAUUCCAUGGCGGUUUCAUACUUGAGAAGAUCGAUGGUCCUCUGUCCACAGGCCAUCUGGUCCUCACAGACACUGAUGUCCGGAACAACCCAGCAGUUACCUUCAACUACUUCAGUCAUCCACAGGAUCUAAAUCGUUGCGUCUAUGGUAUCAAGACCAUUGAAAGGAUACUCAAGACAAACCGUUUCUCUGAACUGUCUGCUGAUGGCACCGGAUUUUCAAUGGAAAGGGUGCUCAAUAUGAGUGUGCAGGCUAAUGUGAACCUGAUACCCAAGCAUACAAACGACACAGAAUCCCUGGAGCAGUUUUGCAAGGACACAGUGAUCACCAUCUGGCACUACCAUGGUGGAUGCCAUGUAGGGAAGGUGGUUGACCAGCAUUACCGGGUGCUUGGAGUCUCAGGUCUCCGUGUAGUAGAUGGCUCAAUAUUUUCUAGAUCACCAGGAACAAACCCUCAAGCUACUGUCAUGAUGAUGGGCAGAUACAUGGGAGUAAAGAUCUUAAGGGAAAGGCUGGGACGUGCAGCUGGAGUGUAGUCGAUUCCAGGACAUUAGCCUUUUAUUAUGUGUGGCCUAGGACAGAAAUUACUAAUUUUUUUGGGAUCCAGAAUGAAUCGCCGAAGAAAAACAAGCUACGAGUUUCAUCUGUACCCAGUAGUCAUUUGUCUAAUAUGAUAUUGCAGACUGAAUGGUUGAUUGACCCCUU